AUGAAAGACAUACAAACAUCAGACGGAGAAAAAAAACCUGUUACAUUCAAUCGUUAUUUUGAGGCAAACGGGCCAGAUCCAAAAACUAAGAGCAAGUUUAAUAGCUACAUCGCCCUUCUAGGACGUAGCAAAGUCAGCAUCUUGAUACCGGACUGGCGAAAAGUGACUGAUAGGUAUAAAGAGCAAAUUUGGCAAGCUUUAUCGGAGCACUAUGAAUUGUCAAAUAAAGAGAAAUUGAGAAAGAGAGUGUUUUCACGUGCUGGGGAUGGUUGGAGGGCUUUCAAAACUAAGCUCAGUAGAGAAUACAUAUUUGGAGAAAAGAAUGGUUUGCUCCCGUAUGACGAUGGUUACCCUUUUUUGGAUGCAGACACUUGGAAGGCUUUUGUUGCAUCCUGUCUAACUACUGAAUUCUUGAAGAUUAUGGACGAGAAAUACAGGGCAAGAAAAGAGGCUUCCACUGAUCCAUCCGAAAUUAUUCCACCCCCAUCUCCUCCUUAUCGUCAUGAAUUAUGGAAAAGAGCUCGUAUAACAAAGAAAGGAGAUUAUGUCUCAAAGGAAGCCAAAAUUGUUGCUGACAAAAUUGAUUCUUUAGAGGAACAAUGCACUCAGGGCAGCUUCAAACCUGUUGGGAGAAACGAUAUACUCGCAACAGCGUUAGGAAAGCCGGAGCAUCCCGGGCGUGUGAGGGGAGUGGGGAAGGGUGUUGGGAUCAAGGACUUCUUUGAGCCGUCGAACUGUUAA